GGAGGAGCUGCAGGCGGCUGGAGGAGCGGCCGGUCCGCGCCGUGGCCUCCGCGGCCUCACGUGAGGCGGCGCCGCGGGGAAUUCGAACGGCGGGAAGGGGCGGGGACCGUGCUCGGGCCACGCGGAACGGGGGAGCGGAUUCCAUGAUGCCAGGAAAACGCAAAGUGCAGAUCCUGGUGGCAGAAGAAGCGUCUACUGAGAUGAAAAAGAUUAAAGAUUCCAAGAUGCCAGGAAAACGCAGAAUGAAGAUCCUGGUGCCAGAAGAGGAAUCUACUGAGAUGAAAAAGGUCAAAGUCAGCCAUCCAUCACAUCGCUCACAGCCUGGGCUGGUGCUGACACUGGGCCAGGGUAACGUUGGCCAGCUGGGGCUGGGUGAAGACAUCAUGGAGAGGAAGAAGCCAGCUCUGGUCACACUGCCAGAGAUGGUGGUGCAGGUGGAAGCUGGAGGGAUGCACACGGUGUGCCUCAGCCAGACUGGAAAGAUCUACACCUUUGGCUGCAACGAUGAAGGUGCCCUGGGACGUGACACCUCAGCUGAAGGGUCUGAGAGCUCUCCAGGGCUGGUGGAGCUGCAGGAGAAGGUGGUGCAGGUGUCGGCAGGGGACAGCCACACGGCCGCGCUGACUGAGGACGGCAGGGUCUUUGUCUGGGGCUCCUUCCGGGAUAACAAUGGAGUCAUCGGCUUGCUGGAGCCCAUGAAGACGAGCACCAUUCCUGUGCUGCUCCAGCUUGAUACACCUGUUGUUAAAAUAGUUUCAGGAAAUGACCACUUGGUGAUGCUGACAGUGGAUGGCGACCUGUUCACGUGUGGCUGUGGUGAGCAGGGCCAGCUGGGCAGAGUGCCAGCACUCUUUGCCAGCCGAGGAGGACGGCGAGGGCUGCAGCGGAUGCUGGUCCCCCAGCUUGUCCCUGUCAGAGGCAGAGGGAGAAGAAGCAAAAUGCGCUUCCAGGACGCUUUCUGCGGGGCGUAUUUCACCUUUGCCGUCACACGUGAGGGACACAUCUAUGGAUUUGGCCUCUCCAACUACCACCAGCUGGGGACCCAGGACACCGAGCCCUGCUUCUCCCCGCAGAACCUCACGUGCUUCAAGAACUCCACCAAGUCUUGGGUUGGGUUCUCUGGCGGGCAGCACCACACGGUCUGCGUCGACUCUGAGGGUAAAGCCUACAGCCUGGGCAGGGCAGAGUACGGCCGGCUGGGCCUUGGAGCAGGGGCAGAGGAGAAGAGUACACCUACAGUUAUCCCGGAGCUCCCCAGUAUCGUCUCGGUGGCCUGCGGAGCGUCAGUUGGUUAUGCUGUCAGCAGUGAUGGACGAGCGUUUGCGUGGGGAAUGGGCACUAACUACCAGCUGGGCACCGGGGAGGAAGAUGAUGUCUGGAGCCCCGUGGAGAUGACGGGGAAGCAGCUGGAGAACCGGCGGGUGCUGGCCGUGUCCAGUGGUGGGCAGCACACCGUGCUGCUGGUCAGUGACAAGGAGCAGAGCUGAUGAAGCGACACUGCAGCCGGGCCCAGCGGAAUCACAGCACCCCCAGACCCCCCACAACUUCCGCUUGGGUUGGGGAGCCGAUUACUUGGGGAGGGCAGGAGGCUCAUGGAGCUCAGCCCAGCAGCACCUGCGUGGCUGGAACAGGGUGCCCGUGGGUUCUCCCUGCAAGUGUUUGUCUGUUUUCCUGUGCCCAGUGCUCUGUCAGCUCCCCGGGUCGGCUUGGUCCUAAACUGAUCCCAGUUCUGGGCCUGGAUGGAUUUCCACUUCUGCUUGUCUGUUUAUUUUAACAUUUCCUGGCCCAGCAAAGCCGAGGGUUUUGUUCCUCACUCUGCAAUCACGUUUGGGUAACAGUCUCCCUGAGGUCCCCAUGUUGCCCACAUCUGGAUGCUUCUCCACCCCCUUCUCCUAAAUAUACCUCUCUGGCCUGGAUUUGUCUGCUGCCACCCCCCAAACCCCUCUGAGCCAGUUCCAGGUGGAUCUGAGUUCUGCAGGAAUGUGCCCAGGAGGCUCUAUCCUCUAAUCCAGAGUUUGUGGCUACUGUGGAGAUAUUCUGCCUGAUGAGGGAGGAUGCUGCUGGAUGAUGCCUAGCACAGUGUGCCUGCAGGAGGCUCCUGCCUCCCAUCCCCUCAGGUUGAGCCGCUGCCCACACCCCCCUGCCCCCAGGCAGUGACGCCAGGAGCAGAUUCCCCACUCCCCAUGGCCUGCGGCAGCCACCUCACCGCUGCUUUCUGCAGUCCCGGCCACUCCUUUGCCGUUGCCUUUGGAAACGCAACCAAAUCCAUCCCACGGGUGGGACCACUGUCACUUUGAUUUUUCUCUUUUGCUUGCUGAGGAAGGAGGUUCAUGUGCUGUUAGGGCCUUGAUGAGCAGACACCCAGACUCCAACUAUGCACAGAGUCGCUGGAAACAACAGGACUCGUCCUCCCCGUUUCCUCCCUGAUCCAACUGGUCUUGAUUCCUGUGCCCAGCCUGCUCAAUCCUAUCCUCAUAGGAGGUACCUUCUAGGUACCUGGAGAGAGGAGGGGUCGGGAAAGAGUUAAAUUAUAGCAAUAGGAGGGGGGGUUGUGGCUGGGAGGGGGGUCUGGGGUUAUGCAAUGGUUCCAAAGGGGUUGGAUUUUUUAAAAAAGAAAAUAUAUUUUGGUUGAUUAAUCAAGGCAGAAAGGACAAAAAAAAAAUCUUUUAACAUUUGGAAUAAACUGAGUUUUGAUAAA